AGAAGAGUAUGACUCUGAGGUAAUAAAUGUAUCUGAAUGUGUGUGUGUGGGUGUGUGUGCGUGUGUGUUUAUUUUACUGGGUGUGUGUAAUGUUUAUUCAGUAAAUCUCUGUUAGUAUGUGAGUAGAAUCAGAUGCAAUCAGAUAUCUGUUUUUUUUAAGUCAUGUCAGGUGUGUUUGGACGAACAGACUGCCGAGACAUCUCCAUCCCCGGCCACACAUUCCAGCUCCUCCUGGGGCGUCCCCAGACUUUCCCAAACCAUCCGUGAGAUGUAAUGUCUUCAGCGGGUCCUGGGUCUGCCCUGAGCUCUCCACUAACAUGUGCCUGGUACAUGUUAGAUAACAAGAACCUUAAUUAUACACUCCCCUCCGAAACUAUUGGAACGGCAAGGCCAGAUCGUUUUUGUUUUUGCUGUAGACCGAAGACAUUUGGGUUUGAGAUCACAAGAUGAAUAUGAGAAGAGAGGUUAGAAUUUCAGCUUCUAUUUCCUGGUAUUUAUACGUAGACGUGUUAAACGACACAGAACACAGCACGCUUUGUAUCAGAACACCCGAUUUGUAGGCGAAAAAAAAAAAUGUGACUGACAGGUGUUUCUUGUUACCCAGGUGUGUCCUGUUAGAUUGAUUAAACUAUAAAAAGCUCUGAACAUCUACAAUUGCUUUUAGCCUUCAGUUUCACCUGUGAAGAAUGCAUUUGUUGACCCAUGAAGAUCCGUGAGCUGUCUAUGGGAGAAAAGCGAGUCAUUUUGAAGAUGAGAAAAGUGGGAAACACAAUCAGAUUACAGAAUCAUUAGAGUCAUUACAGAGACAUCGGGUGUAACCAAUACGACGAUUUGGAAUGUCCUGAAAAAGAAAGAAAACGCUGGUGUACUGAGGAUCAGACACCGAACGGGUCGGAUAAGGAAAAAAACAACAGGUGAUGAUAGAAACAUUGUGAGAGCUGUGAAGAAAACCCCAAAACAACAGUCAGUGACAUCACCAACAACCUCCACAGGGCAGGGUGAAGGUCUCACAAUCCACCGCUCGAAGAAGACUUCGAGAGCAGAAAUAUAGAGGCCGUACCACAAGAUUGAAACCACUCAUCAGCAGUAAGAAUCAGAAAGUCAGAUUGUAAUUCACAAAGGAAUACAGAGACGAUCCACAAAAGUUCUGGAACAAAGAUGAACCUCUACCAAAGUGGAAAGUCCAAAGUGUGGAGAAAGAAAGGAUCUGCUCAUGAUCCAGAACGUACAAGCUGAUCUGUGGAACAUGGUGGAGGCAGUGUCACGGCUUGGGCUCGCACGGCUGCUUCUGGAACGUUCUCACUGAUCUUUAUUGAUGAUGAACUCAUGAUGGAGCAGCAGAAUGAAUUCAGACGUUUACAGGAACGUUUUAUCUGCAGAUUUACAGAGAAACACAUCCGAAUGAAUCAGGAGGAACUUCAUCAUGCAGCGAGACAACGAUCCAAAACACACUUCCACCUCGACACAGGACUUCAUCAGGGGGAAAGUGGAAGGUUUUAGACUGGACACGUCCAUCACCGGACCUUCACCCAACUGAUCAGCACCUCACCUCCUGAAGAGGAGACUGAAGAGAGAAACCCCCUGAAACACACAACUACUGAAAGAAGCUGCAGGAGAAACCUGGAGAAGCUUCACAGAAGAAGAAACGAACAGUUUGGUGUCAGUGAGUACAGGAUUGAUGCACUUACUGCAAGCAAAGGAAACACAACCAAAUAUUACGUGCUGUUUACUUUUUAUUAACUUCAAGACUGAUCCGUUCCUAUACUUUUGCUCGCCUAAAAAUCGUGCUGUCUGAAACAAAAGGUUGUAUGGUUUAUGUUGUAUAACACAUCAAACAUAGGUUCAAAACAUAUUUAAUAUAUACUAUCUUGUUUUAAUGUCAUUUAAUUUUGUUUAUUUCUUUCUAAGAUAUUUUUUUAUUUCUUCACAUUUUUUUUUAUAUUUGAUUGAAUUUAAUUUCUCUUCGUUAACAUUCCUUAACAUUAACGUGUUUAUUGUAUUUGUGUCGUAUUGUAUUUUUCAUUUAAUGCUUUUAAUUGUCUUUAAUGUCUGUAAUAUCAAAUCAUCUUUUGUUUCGUCCCACUUUCUUUUUCUUAAAUACUUUCACCACCCUACUCACUGAUUGCUGAUUUAUUUAUUUAUUUAUUUAUUUAUUUAUUUAUAUCUGUGUUUUACUGCAUUUCUGUGUGAAUAAAGGUGACCUCCGUAAACACAACACGUUCCCCGUUCCUCCUGUGAGAACUCGAGAACAGGAGUCCGUGGGCUAACGGAGAGGAAACAGGAACAAGACGCUAACCCGAUUAUCCUCUGUAGCACAUUUAACAUGAAAUGAAACAUUUUUCUGCUGAACUAAUCAACGGGACGUUUGGCUAAUAAAUGCGAUUAGCGUUUCCAGGAACUGGGCCGUGCACAAAGGCUCCACUGUGGAUGCGAUAGGCUUCGUUCUUAUUACGAUGGUUAUAAUGCUUUAUAAUCUACAUGCACAUGCACAUGCACGUAGAGAGAGAGAGAGAGAGAGAGAGAGAGAGAGAGAGAGAGAGAGAGAGAGAUCAUCUCACAUUGUGUAUGUUUACAUCUCUAAAGCUGGCCUUCUCAUGAACUAUCAGUGUGAUGUGUUCAUUAUAUAAUUGUGCUCUUUAAUCAGAUUCAUUUGGAUUAAACAGGGCCAUAUGGUCACGUUGGGUGCAAUAAUAUUGGCGCCUUCCACACAUGACAUCAGCGAUUGGGAAACAAACUGUUAGAUGUUUUAGUGAGGACCCGAGCAGACGAGCCUGUCGUUUGUGAUUGUUCCUCUCGUGGGCUGUUAGCAGAGGAAAUGUUAUUUACCGGUUCAUACUGUAUGGACAUGAAGGAUUAGAAUGUGUGUCAUGCUGUUAUCGGAUAACAAUCAGGAAAUACUGAGUGACGGGACAAUAUGGAGAAGUUGGUUAUUUUCCAAUAAUAGAACGCCUCCAUGAUUUCUCAGAAUAUGUCGACAAGCCUGUCUGAUCACUUUUUGUUCAUGACAUAGUUUAAACAUUUUCAAGACGCCCCGCAUAACACUUCACCCUGCUGGACAAAAAAACCCCAGUAGAAACACUCAUAGAAUGUGUAAUGAUUUAAAUGGUUAUAGUGGGAAUUGUAUUGGCUUUAAUGUGGGUCUCUGCUGGAAAUUUGUUGCCUUCUGUUCAUGUCAUGUUAUAUCUAGUGGAUACCAUUAAGGACCAAUAAUGGUAAUGGUAAUAGUGUAAUAGUUAGCUGAUGGUAUGUACUGUAAUGGUAUUUGUAGUGGAAACCAUUAGAAUUUAUGUGCUUGUUCCUGCUUGUUUUGGGGAGGGGGUUCUUUUAUUUUAUUUUAUUAAAUUGUUUGUUGUUGUUCCAGAGAUUGUUUGCCACAGUGAAAGCUAACAGCAGCUAAAUAUAUAAAUGUAGUGUUUUAGGGUUUAUUUAUUAAUUUAUUUAUUUAUGUAUAUCUUUUAUAAAUAGGUCUAUAAAGUUGCAUGUUUUUCAUUAUGUUGGUAAUUUUGACUUGUGGAGCUCUGACUAGCUCCUUCUUCAACAUUAAGAAGGUAAUAUUAAUUAUGUUAAUAUGUGCUAAUGUUAUCAUGACACUAUUUCAAAGUGAAUCUUUACACAGCUCUGAACGGUGAAUCAAAUGAAUCAAAGCUCUCAGUUUGACUCACUGAGUGAACAGUUCAAAGGAAUCAAUUCCUUAUGUAAUGACAGUUCCAUAAGGAAUUGAGCACAGAGAUGUGUGUUUAGGAGCGUCUGGGCGGCUCUUCGUCACUUGUCCAUCGCUCUGAUGCCACCGUGUGGCACAAAUCUUUUGAGAUUAUUUGAUCUGUAGUAAGAAAUUUUUUAAUGUGACGAUUUUUAAAUUUUCCUCUUAACUUUUAAAGAAAAAAAAUCCGUUUAUUUGCAUGUUAAAGGCAUUUUUGAGUAACAAUUCAGCAAGUUGGAUUACAACAUGUGAUUAAGAAGAGCUACACACUGAGUGAAGACUAAUUGGAUUUUAAUAAUAAUAAUAAUAUUUAUCUAUCAGUUGUGAAUUAUUCUUAAAUGUUCCAUAAAUCAUGUUUAUGUACAUAGAACUACAUUAGAAAUAAUAGUCGGUUAAAAAAAUCUCCUCAGGAUACCACCAAAGUUGAGAUCCCAUGUUGUAGAGGGAUGCUACACAGAUACUUUAAAGGUUCCCCCAGUGGGGUCAAACUAAUAGAACCCGAUAGAACCUUUUCGAAGAGUGCAGUAGAGCAACAGGAGUAUUGUGUUUCUUCAGCAUGCGUGCAUCUGGAUUUUACAGACAAGGAAACACUCCUCUGAACUUGGAUUGGUCGAAGCAGUCUGGCGCUUUUCCAUCAAAUCCUGACGGUAAGCCGAUUACGUGGCUCAGAGGCAGGCCACUGCUCCGUCCAUCUCUCUGUGCUCAGUUGAAAAUAUAUCAGUAAUGACCGGCGUGAAAAGGGGACAUUAAUAUGUCUGAAACGCAAAUAUAUAUCGAUCUAUCUCACGUAAGGAGAACGUGACCACGGGGAAAACGAAGGUAUGUGUCUGUUCUUCAGAUGCUGGUAAAUCCUAUCUGGAUGUCUGACGUUGUACUUUAUUUCUAUAAGCAUUUUUAUUGUAAUGAAUUUUUUUUUGUGUGUGUGUAUUAUAAUGCAGAAAUAUCACAGUUUCUUACGACGCUCCCAAUAUUGCUUUGUUCUGAUAACGCUACACCACAGCGCUGUUGAAUCCUGGAUGGUGAUUGGUCAGAAGGUGUUGAGUAAUUCUCUAUAACAGCAGCUCUGACAGUAGCACAGCUCCAAAUCUCAGGUUAUAUUAAUGCGCUCAUUCUAAUACGUUAUCAUUUUCUGUAAUGAGAUUCGUUUAUGGAAGGAGUCUCCAGUGUCAGCACAUUGUACCAGUCAGAGGUGAAGCUGUAACUUUGAGAUUUCCUCCAUCUUGGUUUUAGUGCAGCUCAGGCCACCUCAGCUAAUCUGAUUACGAGGGGCACUAGAAAUAACCCUCUCCCCCCAUUCCCAUCGCUCUGCCCUGCUGACCGUAUCUUCACCCUCUCCCCCCAGACCUACUGCCCUAAUAUCUCCAAUAAAAUGGCGGUCUUAAAGGUGACUUUCACUAAGACGAGUCGAGGCAAGCUGGCCCAGGCUCUGUGGGUGCUGAACUGGGUCUCUGUGAUUACGGGCCUCGUGCUCUUCAGCUUGGGCCUUUUCUUAAAAGUGGAGAUCCAGAAAAGACGAGAGCUCAUGGCCGACGACGUCCAUUCUGUGCCAAACAUGCUGAUCACCGUGGGCCUGGCCGCCUGUGGCAUCAACUUCCUGGGCGGGAAGAUCUGCUACGAUUGCGUGGACGUGGACAAUUUCCUGCACUGGAAGAUCCUCAUGCUGCCGUACAUCAUCUGUACCUUCUUCUUCACCUUCUGCAUCCUGGUGGAAGCUCUGAUGUGCUACACCAUGCGCAGAGACCUGGAAGCAGCUCUGUUUUCUGGUCUGCAGGACGCCAUGCGCUACUACAAGGACACGGACAUGCCCGGGCGCUGUUACAUCAAGCAUAGCGUUGAUCUCCUGCAGAUCCAGUUCCAGUGCUGUGGAAAUGAUGGGUUUAGAGACUGGUUUCACAUCCAGUGGGUCAGUAACCGGUACCUGGACAUGACCAGCAGUGAAGUGAUGAAUCGGCAGAGAAGCAACGUGGAGGGGAAGUACCUCCUGGACGGAGUGCCCUUCAGCUGCUGUAACCUGUUCUCCCCUCGGCCCUGCAUCCAGCACCAAAUCACCAACAGCUCUGCACACUACAACUACGACUACCAGACGGAGGAACUGAACCUGAACCAGAAGGGCUGCAGACACGCGCUACUGGAUUACUACACCCACAUCAUGCAGUCCAUCGGCUUCAUCGUGCUCAUCAUCUGGCUCUUCGAGCUUGCUGUGCUCACGGGAGUCCGUUACCUGCAGACCUCCAUGGAGAAUGUGCUGAAGUUAGGAAACCCCGACUCUGAGUCAGAAGGCUGGAUUCUGGAGAACAGCAUCGCGGAGACAGCCCGCUAUAACUUCAACAUCAUCAAGAACCUGGGAAAGUGCUACCAGGUGGACGAUGAUCCCAACAUCGACGUCCCGAGCAGCAGAGCGAACGUCCCCACUCAGCAAAUCCCGGUGGCCAGCUAGCGAAAGGUUCACGGCCAGACUUGAAAAGGUAGACUGAGAUCCACGGUGACCUUAUAACGUCUCCGAGAAGCUCCGUGUUCUGAAGUCGAGGUUCUGAGGUGAAAAGUCACCUAGUGCUAUACUGAAGAGUUGCAGAAACAGUUUCCAUUCAAAUGAUUAUAAAUGUGAAGGAAUUUGUUGCACUAAAACAAAACAAAAACCAACCUCAAACGCCUUGUUAAAAAUGUAACAUCCUUUUUUUAUAUAUAAUGUACAAAAUGCAUGUGAUUUGGUGUCAUUUUUGUAACCAUGAAACCUGUCUAGAGUUCCGGACUCUCUUAACGACAUUAAUUACGCUUAAUGACUUUCCUAUGCACAGUAGCUCCUGCAUGUGAUUUAUCCUGAAUAAAUCAUCAAUAAUCCAGGACUUUAAGGGUUAAUAAAAAUAGAAAUGCUGAGGCAUCUUGGCACAGCGUCUCACGGCUGCUGUUUUCAUAACGUAGGUACUAUCUGCUGCUUCUGCUAAUAAGAAUAAACAACGUUUACCUUUUAUGCAAUGCUUUUAAUUGAUUUAUAACCGAAAUCAGAAAUGUCAAACACGUGACAUGUAUGAAUGAUUAAAAAAAAACAUUAAAACUAUGUGAAAGAUAUGGAGAUAAAUACAGUUAUGCACAACAGUCUUUGUAUUAGUAAUACUGUUGAAAAACAUUUUGACCUGAUUAAAAAAAAAAAUUCAAUUGAUUCAUUAAUUACAAUGUUAAUCUGCAAUAUAUUUUGAGGAGUGAAUCGGUUCAUUUGACUCAAGAGUCGACUCUUUGAUCUCACAACCUUUUUCCCCCUCAAAUCUGAAGAUAUUUUGACUGCUGAUUGUUUUUAUUUUCCGUACAGUACAGAUGGAUUAAUCUGUUUACGAUCCUGUAGAAUUAGUGAUUAGUACGUUCACCUCACAGGGUUGGCGGUUCGAUUCCUGCCACGGCCCUGUGUGUGGGGAGUGUGCGGGGGUUUCCUCCGGGUACUCCGGUUUCCUCCCCCAGUCCAAAGACAUGCAUGGUAGGCUGAUUGGCGUGUCCAAAGUGUCCGUAGUGUAUGAAUGGGUGUGUGAGUGUGAAUGUGUGUGUGAUUGUGCCCUGCGAUGUAUUGGCACCCGGUCCAGGGUGUACCCCGCCUUGCUCCCAUGCCUCCUAGGAUAGACUCCAGGUUCCCCGCGACCCUGUAGGAUAAGCGCUAUAGAAAAUGGAUGGAUGGAUGGGUGUAUUAAGUGCAUUUGAAAACUGUAUAGCACUAAGACAAGCCUUAUGUGGAGUUGUUGUGUUGUUCAUAGUAUAAUCCGUUAUACACGAACGUGUAAAAAUGACUGAUGACUAUUUUGUUUAAAUUAUUGAAGCAUUGAAAACUAUUUCAUUCACAUAUGUAAAAUUGCUUCUUUUUUUCCUUUUUUUAAAUUACAUCCGUAUCCACCCACUCAAAACUAGCCUGCACUGACUGAGUGUAAUGUCUUUCCUGCGAAUAAAUUCAUCAGACCUUCUCUUUGUGCACUGGACAUGCCAAUGUUAAUAAAUCAUAAUACUAAAUCCUAUCUGGUGAAAACAGUUUUUUAAAGCGUUUUUAAAUGAAUGUACUGAGUGAAUGAAACAAUGACUUACUGUACUCACAGGCUAACAUGUUAAAAGACACUCACUGGCGCCACCUACUUGUGUAAUGAUGUAACUUACGGAUAUGGUCGGUGAAUGAAUCUUUUCGUUGCAUCAAAAGAUUCGAGUCACUGGGAUGAAUCGAAAUCGCAACCGCUAGCGCUCAACGUUCACCUCCAAGAAUGAAUCAAAGAGCCGACUCACUUGUGAACGACACAUCACUGGUUACAUGCGUGGUUCUUCUGCCUCUGCUGGCAAAAUGUUAGAACAGCGUGCAUCAUCAUUGUUAAAAAUAAAUUCAUUAAUACAAUAAAAUAAAGGGCUAUAACAUUAUAUUAAAGAUUGUAAUACCUAUAUGCAAAUCUUUUACUAGAAAUGAAAUAUAUGUGCAUAUAUAUUAAAUAAACAUAAACAUCUUUCACUCAUAGGCUAAAUUUAAAAGUGCAUAAGAGUGCGUAAGAUGUGUUGCACAGAACUCUAAAUCAUAAUAAUCUUUAUUAAUCUAAUAUACAAAUCUGCAGAAAUAUAAUCAUUCAGAUUUUCAAUGGUUACAUUUGUUUGUUUGUU